GCUUCCGGCGAGUAUUGUGUGUCGCGCCGCGGGCGGGGCGGGGGGAGGAGGAAGGAGGAGGCUGCGCUCCGGCGGCUCCGCGCCCGCACUGCCGGAUCCGUGGCCCGGAAGCCCCUGCGCCUGACCUGACGGGAGGAGACGGAGACCGGGUGGGACCGAGUUGUGAACCACGCUCAGGAGAGGGUCGCCCGUUAAAUAAUGGCAGAGACGAGUCUGUUAGAGGCUGGGGCCUCUGCAGCGUCCACAGCCGCGGCUCUGGAGAACUUACAGGUGGAGGCCAGUUGCUCUGUGUGCCUGGAGUACCUGAAGGAGCCUGUCAUCAUUGAGUGUGGGCACAACUUCUGCAAAGCUUGCAUCACCCGCUGGUGGGAGGACCUAGAGAGGGACUUUCCUUGUCCUGUCUGUCGAAAGACCUCCCGGUACCGCAGUCUCCGGCCUAAUCGUCAACUAGGCAGUAUGGUGGAAAUUGCCAAGCAGCUCCAAACUGUCAAGCGGAAGAUCCGGGAUGAGAGCCUCUGCCCCCAGCAUCAUGAGGCACUCAGCCUCUUCUGCUAUGAGGACCAGGAGGCUGUGUGUUUGAUAUGUGCAAUUUCCCACACCCAUCGGGCCCACAACGUCGCACCACUGGACGACGCCACACAGGAGUACAAGGAAAAACUGCAGAAGUGCCUGGCACCUCUGGAGCAGAAGCUGCAGGAGAUCACCUGCUGUAAGUCCUCGGAAGAGCAGAAGCCUUCAGAGCUCAAGAGGCUGGUGGAGAGUCGCCGACACCAGGUCCUGAAGGAGUUUGAAGAGCUUCACAGGCGGCUGGAUGAGGAGCAGCAACUGCUGCUGUCCCGACUGGAGGAGGAGGAACAGGACAUUCUGCAGCGCCUCCGAGAAAAUGCUGCUCGCCUCGGAGACAGGCGCCGCGAGCUGGCCCACCUGGCUGCCGAGGUGGAGGGCAAGUGCUUGCAGUCGGGCUUCGAGAUGCUUAAGGAUGUCAAAAGUACCCUGGAAAAAUGUGAAAAGAUGAAGACCAUGGAGGUGACUUCAGUAUCCAUACAGCUUGAAAAGAACUUCAGCAACUUCCCCCGACAGUACUUUGCCCUAAGGAAAAUCCUUAAGCAGCUAAUUGCGGAUGUGACCCUGGACCCGGAGACUGCUCAUCCUAACCUGGUCCUGUCGGAAGAUCGGAAGAGCGUCAAGUUUGUGGAGACCAGACUCCGGGACCUGCCUGACACGCCUCGGCGCUUCACUUUCUACCCCUGCGUCCUGGCCACGGAGGGCUUCACCUCGGGCCGGCACUACUGGGAGGUGGAGGUGGGCGACAAGACCCACUGGGCAGUGGGCGUGUGCCGGGACUCGGUGAGCCGCAAGGGCGAGCUGACCCCGCUGCCGGAGACUGGCUACUGGCGGGUGCGGCUGUGGAACGGAGACAAGUAUGCAGCCACCACCACGCCUUUCACUCCUUUGCACAUCAAGGUGAAACCCAAGCGGGUGGGCAUAUUCCUAGACUAUGAGGCCGGCACACUGUCUUUUUACAACGUCACAGACCGCUCCCAUAUCUACACCUUCACUGACACUUUUACUGAGAAACUGUGGCCCCUCUUCUACCCGGGCAUCCGGGCUGGAAGGAAGAACGCGGCACCGCUCACCAUCAGGCCCCCGACAGACUGGGAGUGACGGGAAGGCCGGCACCCUGGGACGAGGCCGGAUCCGGAGCUACGGGCCUGCCUUCCUGCGACCUGCGACCUGUGACCUGUGACCUGCGACCUGCGGGAGCGCGCGGCUGAGGCAGCGGGCGGAGCCCGGUCUAGAGUGGUUCUGUGGAAGCGUAGGCAGGCCUGGCCGGGUGAGAGCACGCUGUUGGGUGGGGCGUAGGCUCCCAAGGACUCAAUCCCCUGAAGCCAGUCAGGCUUUCUGUUGCACAGGACGGGUCGGGAAGGGAGGAGGGGCUUUUCCGGAAGCAAAAUGUCUGUGGGAGGGUGUGGCACUCAAACCAGAGGAGCGAACAAGCCCAUGGGUCCUUGUUGGGCUCUUGAACGCAGAACAGCCAGGUUUCCUGAGGAAGAGCACGGGUGCGUGAGCCGCUGGCUGAAUGGAAACGGAAGACAGCUGCUCUCGUGGGUCUGGGAGUUGAGGGCCCACGAGAGCAAAGAUUUCUGUGGGCAGAGAGCGGGCAUCGAGGUGAGGAAGGUCAGGGAGGGGGCAAAGGGACAGACCCCUAGACACUAAUGACGGGGAGAGAGGUUUCUUUGGCCAUCUGUUCCCAGAAUGAGGUUGCCAGUGUGAGUUGGAUUGGCCGGAGGAGCACUGUGGGGAGGAAAGGGUGAGGAGGACAAGAGGAGAGCCCAGGUCCUGUCAGCCUUCAGCAGAGCUGGCUAUUGCCUGUCUCCUUAGAGUUGAUCGUGUCCAAGAAGUUGGUCACCUUACUCUUCAGGGAUGAGUUGCCAGAGAUCCUGCAAGACAGCCUGUCCUUUUACUGCUUUCCCAAAGGAACGCGGAAAAGAGAGAGUCUGGUAUUGGAGGAAAGAGAAAAGUAUUUCUAUCCAAAGCUUAAGGAAUGUUACAAAAUAGUUACUCCCAAGUUGUCAGCUUUCUUACCUGGGUAAAAUGUCUAAGCCAGAAAGGGAGAGCGGUGUAGAGUCUUCUCGCCCUGAGGAAAGGGUAGAAGAGGGUGGAGUGUGCAGGGAAGGACAGAGAGGCAACUUCCAUGUGCCUGCGUGCAUCUGGCCUGGAACUAGUGUUCACAGGAGCCAGACUUUUGCUUGUUUGCUGCCAUCCCUCACCGUUUGCCAUUUCCCACAUCAGAAAAUGUAAGUCACUUAAUGUUAGGCCAAAAUAACCUGUAGGGUACAUGUCAAAAAAGGCAGAGCGAUGCAUGCCAAACCAAAGGGACACGACUGAACCAUCUGCUGCUCAGGUAAUGGGGUUCACAGGUGGGACAAGCUGCAGGUUAGUGAGGGCAUUUCAGUUCCUCUGACCACCUCCACAGGACUCUGUCCAGACUCUCCUCUUACCUUUGUGCCUUGACUGUGGUUCUUUGUGGCAAGACACUUUGGUGGGUAAACAAUAUGGAACAAAGGAUCCACUGACGUGC